AUUACGUAAAUUUUAGUUUGUUUGUAAACUAGAAAGUUACCCUAGGAGUGAAAUAUUUUCAUUUUGGAACUCUGAUAAAAACAGACCUACCAAACAGUGAAAUUCGAAGACAAAAACAAUUAUAAGUUUGCGAUGUACAAAAUAUUUGGCAUACAAUUAUCACAGCAGAACAUUGAAUAAAUAGUUCAAAACGUACAGAAAAGACGCAAAAUAUGGAUAAAAAGAUCCAGGUUCAAGAGCUGCUGGGUUCAAUAACAAAAAAUCUGGAAUGUUCAAUAUGUCUUGAACUCUUGAAUAAUCCAGUGUCAACAAAUUGUGACCAUCCAUUCUGCAGAUUUUGUAUUUUAGAGUUUUUAGAAAAGAAGAGAUCAGUACCUUGUCCACUAUGUAAAGCUCCUAUCACUAAAAGGAGCUUAAAUGAACGACCACAGUUAAACAGUAUGGUGGAGGGUGUGAGAAGCUUGAUCCAAGCUUUCCAAGAAGACACAGGUGCUAUUUUUUCUCCUCCAAGAGGUCAUCCAUCUAUGAACCUGACUCCAUGUACACCAGAGCCAUUACCAUGUAAAGCAGCAAGGGGCACUAAGAGGAAAAUAAUUGUAGAAUCACCUAAGAGAACAGAGGCUAAACAGAAUUGCAGGCAAAGCAAGAGGCGAAAGUCUCUCAAUAUUCCUGAAAAUGAAAAGACAAUUCCAGAAUCAAGCAGCAAGAGUUUGGCCAUUGAAGAUCAGUGUGAUUUAUUAAAGUAUCUUGACCAGGGGUCAUGUGGCGCUGAAAGUAGUCAUUCUGAUGAAAGAACUAAGAAUCUGGAAACAUCAACAAAACAGUUAAAACAUGAAUUGAGAAAAAAUAAUGUGAAAAUAGUCAAACAAAAUGUCCUACCAAAAGAUAUUACUGAAUUGAAAAAUGAUGAAAAGCAGAAAGUAGCAAGGGGUUACAGUUUAAGGAGUCCAAAAAGAAUAAAUUAUAAUGUUGAUAGUCAAGACAAAGACAGUCUUAGUCCAACAAGCAAAAGUGAUCUAUAUAAUUUUAAUGAUUCACCUGUAACACCUGUGCAUUUAUUAAGACAUCAAAGGGACAAAUUAAAGGUAAAACAAGGUUCUCAAUUAAAAAUGGAGGAUAACAGCUCUAAACAUAUUAACAGUACUAACAAUAACUGCUUAAAUGACAAUCAAAUUAGUCAUGAAAGAGUUGAGACAGGAAAAGAAAGAGAAUUUACAAAUGAUUCUGCUUUAACAGUUAAAACAAACAACCUGACUGAUGCAAGUCAAGAUCAGGCAUCUCCAGAUUUCCAACUUAAGGAAAGACAACUGUUUACAGAUAAAACAUAUAAAAGACAGAAAAAUAAUUCAAAUGCAGAUAAAACAUAUAAAAGGCAGAGGGAUAAAGCAAGUGAUAUCCAAAUAAAGUCUAAGGUUAAUUCAUGGCUAACAGAUAAUCCUGUUAGCCAAAAUAGUGGCAACGGGGAGGAGAAAUUAGUUCACGGAAUGGACAUUGAUGUUCCUAUUGAAAUUGAGGGGGGUGUAAAUGAAGCAAAUCCUGUAUUAGAAGAUAUUAUUGUAUUGAGUGAGAAAAGGACUGAUAAGAACAAUAGUAUGAAAGGGGAUAAGGAAAAUUUCUCUGAGGAAAAUAGAGCAGAAGUAAAUGGAAUCUCUGUCAUCCAAUCAGAAGACGGAAAUAAUAGGUGUGACACAAUUGAAACAGAUGCUACAGAUUUUAACAAUUUAGGAUUCAGACCUUUAGCUUCACAAAAGAGAAGAAUUUUCAAAUCGAAGCCUUCAACUCAAACCACCUCAGUUUGUCAGAAAAAGGGUGUGCUUGUAAUAAAGAAAGUUUCCCCUUCAGAAAACUCUACCUCUAUAUCAACUCACCAAAAUAAUGUUUCUGUUGAGAAAGAGGCUAUCAUUGAUCCAUUUGAAUUCAAAUCCAGUCAGAAAACACCUGUUAUUCCAGAAUCCAAGAAAAGUAAACAUGUCAAGAAACAACAAAAAGAUAAAAUGAAAGGGAAACUAGAUUUUAUGAGUGGGAAUACUACAAAUAUAAAACAGAAAGAAUCUGUUGAAAUUAGUGAUGACCAGCAAAUACAUACAAUAGAUAAAAUCACAAUAGAAACUAAUUCAGCUGAUCAACGUAGCCUAAUGGAAGACACUGAAAAACACAAUGGAAGGAAACAGAGUAAUAUUGAAAAUACAACACUUGUACAAAAUCUACAGGAAGUUAACAGCCUGAUCUCAGAUAAAACUGAUAGUGAGUUGAGUGUAAUUCCAGGUAGUUUUGACGAUUCUACACUUUUAGGAAAAAGCAAAAAAGGAAGAAGAUUAUCAAAUAAAUUAAAGAAGGAAAAACAGGAGGAAGAAAUUAAUAAAAAGAAUAUGAAAAAAUUAAUUGAGACAAUAAAUUCAGCAGAGGAUGAAGAUUUGUUGACAUGCACUCAAGAUGUUUUACAACAAAAGAGCUGGAAGGAGGAUUCUAACAAAACAUCGUCAGAAGAUUUAAUUCCAGAUACGUCAAACGUUCAGAUUUCAUUGAAGGAAAGAAAAUCUGUAUCAUUUGCAUCCAAUAAUAUAGAAAUAAGUGGAACCCCUCGUCAGACGAGAAGGUCUGUGCCCAUGGUAAUGGAUAAAAACAAAGGUAGACUGCUUCCAAAGGAGACCAGAGGGAAAAAUGUUCAGAAUGGCAACCAGAAUUUGUCUGCAUCAAGUCAAUUGAUAAAGCAAAAUAAACAGCAAACCAUGGCUAAGAAAACUAAGAUUCCUUUUGUAUGGGAGGAAAAAGGUAACGAAUCUGAUGGCAGCACCAGUACAGAUGACCUUGACAUUCAUCCAAGUCAAGAGGAAUUUGAACUGCCAUCUCAAGAUGUUAUGUCACAGGAAACAAAUAGUUGUAUUAUAGAAAAUAAAAAAGAUUUAACUGGGAAGAUUCCUAAACCUCAGGAAGAUCCAACACAGGGGAUGCUAGAAUGUCAGAAAGAUUCAACACCGGGAGUUCCCAAACCUCAGAAAGGUCCAACACAGGGGAAUCCUGAAUUUCAGGAAGAUCCAACACAGCAAAUUCCUGAACCUCAGGAAAAUGUAAUAGUGGAUGAAAGUAGACAUCAUUAUCAGAUUAAAAGUCAGAAUCUUACAAAGGAUAGAAAGGUUAGAAAAAAUAAAGAUUUGUCACCAAAUAGGUCACAGCUUGUGCAAAAUUUAUCAGAAAAUGCAGAUGAAAGUGUUCCAACAAAUAAUAGCAAUAUUUAUGUUGAGAAUACACAAGAAAACAUUGAUGGAAUACAGAUUGAUGAGACAGAAACAAUGGAAGUCCAGGUUGUACCAGAAAGUGUUGAUGAUAUUAUAAUGGAAGAUCAAACUGAUCCUGAAUCUGCUGAAAGUUUACAACCACGUCAAAAUCAAAGCUCACAAAAUAAUGUGAUACAGAGUGAAGAUCAGAGACGGAAUAAUGAAAAAGAAUCAACAAAGCAAAAGCAGAAAAAAAAUAUGAUCCAAAAUCUCAAUGUUACAGAAAGCAAUGAAUCAGCAGAAAUAAGCAGUCAGUCAACUGUAUCAACUGUAAAUGAAAUCCUAGACUCUGAUGUUCUAGUGAGGAAGAGUAGGAGUAAAUUAAGAUCCAGGAAAGUAAGAAGUCAAGAUAGUAGUACUUCUAACUGUCCUAUAGAAAUACAAUCUGUUGUGGAGGAGACACCUGGGUCAAAUAAUUGCCAAUCACAAUUGAAAAAUGUAGAUGUUUUAAGUGACACAACAUCACAAGAAAGUGUUUCUAUACUUCUUCCUCCAGAAAAGGGAGAUAAUUUCAAUCCUUCAGGAAACUCUAAAACAAGAAUAGCUGAAAGCGAAGAAUUUGUACACCAAGAUAACAUAAAAAGUCAUAUUAUAAAAAAACCUGAGAUAAAGUCAAAUUCAGAUGAAGUAGAAAUUGUAAGCAGUGUUGAAAUGAUUCCAGCAACAGAAUCUGAUUCAAUGAUGAGUUUAUCUAACCAUACAAUCAAAUCUGGAAAACACCAAUCACAAUCAAGUAGCUCAGCGAGUCAAAAAAGAAGGAGUUCAACCAGAAAAAGUCAAGUAAAAAUAGGGAUGACGCAAGAAAUGUUUCCUGAUUCUGAUGUUGAAAUAAUAAGCCAACCACAUAUACAUGACCAUUUGAUGGGAACACCUAUAGUCUUAUCAGGAACACAGACCUGUAAUGAAGAAACUUUGGAAGGUAAAGUUAGCCUUGAGAAAAAGUCUGCAGAAAACAGUUACAGUAAUAACGAAAAAGUCACAACAGAUUCAAAACAAGACGGCACUCCUUUGGAAUGUGAACAUGCUGAACAUGAAAAUAGAAGUGAGGUCAGAGUAAAAGAAAAAGAAAGUCAACCAGGAUAUUUAAACCUAGAUACAGAUGAUACAUUGCCACCAACCCUAGUGUCACAGAAAUCUCUCAAUAUAAGAAAUUCUGUUGAGAAGAAGAGAAGAUCUGAAGAAAGACAGUUGGCAUGUCAAGAGUCAGAAGUACACAGAACAGCUAAAGAUAAGUCAGAGACUACAGAACAUUGUUCUCCGGAGGAUAUCUUUAUGAUGGAUUCUGAGAUACAGAGCAAUUAUUCUCAAUCCUUACCUCAGAAUCAAGAGGGAAUUAUUUGUUUGGACUUAGAACCAUCAGAAGUACUAACCUUGAUUGGUGAACCAGCAAGUCAAAAUCUUUUGAAAAAGAAUCAAGGUACCCAAGAAAUAGAAAAUAUUAACAAUACUGAUCAGUUUGAAGACAGAAUUGGUGCUAAACAAGUAGAAACCAUUGAUAAAAAGGAAAAUGAACCUUUCACACUGCAAUCUGAAUCUUUACAGAAUACAAGUUCUAUUGACAAGGAAUUGAUAGAUCAAGCAAAUAAGUCACAAAAACCUUUGUCAGACCAAGAUAAAGAUAUCUUAAGUCCUGAAAAAGUGAAAACUGUCAAAGGAAAAAGAACAGUAAGAGGACUUGCUAGAAAGAGGAAAAGCUUAAACCUACAAAAUAACACCUGCAGUGAGUCAGCAUCAGAAGAAUGUGAUAAACAAAAAGAAAGAAAUAAUGAAACAAGUGAUAGAAUCAAAGAUCAAAUUCUUACAUCAGAGAGUAUUAAUCAAGUGCAUACAACCUGCAGUUCACCAAAAAACUUAGAAAUUACCAGUCCUUAUAGAAAUGUUACAAAGAGUCCUUAUAGAAAAAUAAUUAAGAGUCCUCACAGUCCUCAAACAGACCAGAAAAAUACAGAAUUAACACCUACCAAAAGUAAUACACCGAAAUCACAAGCAAACAUUCCUAAAGCUCAGAAGAUUUCUCCUACCUUUACAUUUUCUCCUAAAAAGCCUAAGAAAGCCAAAGAUGUGAAACUAAAUGUCGGGAAACAAAUGUCAAGCCAAAAACCAGAGUUGCAAAGUCAAAAUAAAGAGAACCUUGAGGAUAGUGAUACAGAUGUCAUAGUACCAAUAAAACAAAACAAUUUUGAAAGAUUAUUGAGAGACAACAUUGCUGACACAGAAAUGUCAGACGAGGAAGAUGAAAUAAUACGUCAGGAUAGAUUGAAUUUCUCAGAUGACUUUACUUUAAUAGAAGAUGAUAUUGGUGACAAAAGUAAAACUCAUUUGGAUUUGAAAAACCAAGAAUACAAAUCUAGAAAAUCUAAACCAUUUGAAGAUCAAGAAACUGCUAUUUUGUUGCCAGAGGUUGAUAAUCUUCCUGAUUCUUCAACCCCAUUGUCAAGAAAAACUAUUUCUAACCAAGUGAAGCUAAAUAGAUCAGGUCAAAAUAUAAAAAUAAAGAAAUUUGUGGUGAAGGAAAGUGUACCAGAUAGUUAUGAUGUUGAGUAUAUAGAACCCAGUUCACCAUUACCAGAUCUGAUUGGAGGGGACCAGUACAAUGAUAAUCAUCAAGAUCUGUCAAGUGACCUUGAAGAUGAAGAUGCAGUGCUGAUAAAAUCUUCUCAUCAUAUUGAUGGAGAAUUUAAACAAUCAAAGCCUUUCAGUGAUGUUAUUGAGAAAGAAAGAAUGGACCUAGAGGAUGUCCUGGAAAUUGACACAGUUGAAGAUCCAAUGUCUGAUGAUGAUGUUGAAAUUGUAAGAGUGAAGAAGAAAAGAAGAAGAAUAGUUGAGGAUGAUAGUGACUCAUCAGAUGCUUCAGAAGAUAGUGUCACAAGUCGUCAUCUUAAUAACACCUCCUCGUCAGCAUUCUCGAGUCAAAGUGAGCCUAUCAAUACACAGCAAAGAUACAAAUUGGAGAGUGAUUUAGAAAGAAUGCGGAGAGAAAUGCAAGAAAUUGAAGCACAGUUGGCUGCUGAUACUGCUAAUAACAGCUCAAGAAUACAAAGAGCAGGUGAAGGAGAUGGAGGCACAGAGAAUACAAAUAAGUUGAAUUUUAGUAAUAAUGAUGAGCCAAAUGGACGACCAGAUUCUCGGACCAGUGAUGUGAUUCUGGAAUACCAAUCAGAUGAGGAACUAUUCCUUAGUCCCAACCCACCAUCUCCCCCUCCUAUGUCACCCCAACAAAUUGAAAUUACUGAAGAAACUGACUUAACAACAGAGUUCAGGAAACAUGGCCUUGAACUCUUACCUGUAGAAGCGAGCCAAGAGAGUAGGGAAAGAUCUAAAACAGAGAUAGAUGGUGGAGAAAAAGAAGAGCUAAUAUCACCAAGACGAAGUACGAGAUCUGAUAUUGACCAAAAACAUUUAUCUGUAAUAGACCAAGUUAAUAAUGAGAAUAUACCUUCUCAAAUGAAGUCAUCGCCAUGGAGAAAUAAGUUAACAGAUAAUAUUACAUCAAAGCCGUCUAAACUGUUAUAUUCUCCCUUAGAUCAGAGAUCUCCACAACUAUCACCUGCCAUGGAGAGAAAAAGACAGAAGAUUUUGUCUCCAUUGGUUACAAAUACAGCUGAAACAAAAAGGCUACAGAGAUGUUUUGUUUCAACUGGAUUAAUUUUACCUCAGAUGAAAGAACUACAAAAGCUAGCAGUUUUGAAUCAGUGUCAGUUCUGUACAAAGUUUAGUAAAGAUGUAACACAUGUCAUAGUUAAGACUGAACCAAUUGGCAGUCGUGUAUGUGACAGAACAUUAAAGUUUUUUAAGGGGAUAUCUCAUGGUUGUUGGAUUUUAGAUUAUGAAUGGGUUGUUGACUCCAGAGCUGCUGGUAGUCUGUUGCCAGAGGCUGAUUAUGAAAUCAAAGGUGAUACUGUGACAGACGACCUCCACUAUGGACCAAUGAAAUCAAGACAGAGUACAACUGCUCCCUUGUUUGAUAACAUACAGUUUUUGGUUCUAGGAGAUAGUAAAGGUUUACAAAAAGAUGAAUUGAAGAGUUUAUUGAUAUCAUGUGGAGGCCAGGUUAAGUCUAACAUAGAAGAUAUAACAGAUCAACAACACUCUGUUGUAAUCACAUGUUCUGAUUAUGAUAAUGAUUCUGAUGAUGAUGAUAGUCCUUCUCCAGAUGAACUCAAACUUUUUAAAGAAUUUUAUGUUCACCAUGGUUUAGUGUCUGUUUCUAGAGAGUGGGCCUUGGACAGUCUUACUGUGUAUAACCUGCAGCCACUGACAGACUAUAUAUUGACUCCUGGUAAAAUUAGUAAAAUUGCUAUACCAAACUUUGUAAGAGAAUGAAUUUAAUUUGCAUGAUUGGUGUAUUACAAUGUAGUAAGACAUUAUUGUAUCAGAUUAUAUAUACUAAGUACUAUCUUUGAAAUUCAAAUAUAUAUUUGAACAAAAGAAAGUCUGAUGUUAUUUUAAAUGUUAAUUCUAUUAUUUGGUGUAAUCAAUUGAGGUUUUAUCUGCUUUAUAGACUUUGCCUGUUGUGUUAUAUACUGACCUGGACAAUGUCGUUUAUGUGCUUUAUGUUAAGGAAUACAUAUCGGGUAAAAUUUAUUAUUUUUUAUGAACAGAUUUACCAUAUCAAAUGCAUUGUAGGUGCAUGUUGAUACACACACACUGCAUGACUAUGAUAAGAUCAUAAAACCAUAGAAGUAAUUUAUUGACAGGGAUUACAACUAUAUACA